AUGACCUACUUCACCGGAAGAGCGGACUCCAGAAUCACCAGUAGGCUCAUCAUCAGUCUUAAAAAAGGAACGAUCACUGAACUGAUUAACUGGCACAUACUUACGCAAACGCCUCUCUCGGAGAGCAGCCAUGCAAUUUUGAAAAAAGGCAUUGAACGGCCAAAAUGGCUAAUCAAGAGCAGUCAGGUGCGCCUGAUCAAGAAGCUGGGCCAGGGGGCAUUUGGCGAGGUAUUUUUUGGGGAAUAUACGGAUGAAGAUUCACGGGUAUAUCCGGCAGCGGUGAAAACGAUGCACGAAAAGGCAUCGCGUGUUGCUCGUUUGAGUUUUCUCAAAGAGGCACGAAUUAUGCGCAAAUUCGAUCAUCCCAAUAUUGUUCACAUCUUUGGUAUUGUUGUUGACCAAUCGCCCAUGUUAAUACUUAUGGAGCUUUGCCCAGGUUGCAUUUUUCUGUUGUUGAAUUGCGACUUUGGAACUACUUUUCAGUUUCAAGCUACGAAAGGCAAUUUCGAACCAAGCAGUGUUUUUUUGGCAGGUGGAUCCGCGUUGUCAUUUCUGCGAAAGUAUAGAGGCCGGAUUUUGCCGGAAGUUAAAAUGAGAUUUGUUACUGAAAGCGCAGCGGGGAUGGAGUAUUUGGAACAAAAAAACUGCAUUCAUAGAGAUGUAGCUGCUCGGAAUUGUCUGCUAACGUCAAACAAUCAUGUUAAAAUCAGCGAUUUUGGGAUGUCCGAUGAGAAGACAAUAAUACAAGAUAAAAGUCUUGAUAAGGUACCGAUCAAAUGGCUAGCACCAGAGACAAUGCAGACACGCAUUUAUACAAUCAAAAGUGAUGUGUGGUCCUUCGGGAUUAUGGUCUGGGAAAUAUACUCCGAAGGUUAUGAGCCUUAUCCGUCGCUGUCAAAUAUUCAGACCAGAGCGAAGAUCAUCGUCCAGAACUAUCGCAUGAGUAUGCCUGAGGGUACGCCACCAGAAAUUUCAGCACUGGUAGCAAAAUGUUGGGCGAAAGAACCAGCCGAUCGACCGUCUUUCGCACAAAUUGUUCAAGAACUGAAGGAGAUUACCACGUUGUCUACCGCCGAAUCAUCAAGCCCUGAGCAAGAAUGA